UUCCAUUUUCAUUCAAACCUCUUUUCUUCCUUUCCUCUCGUUCCUCUCCCCAUUCUCCACAGCGCCACCGGCAACUAACCGUACCGGUGGCCUAAAUCUCCACCUUCAAAUCACCAUGUCUCUCCCACCGCCAACCGGUCCCCCACAACAAAACACAAUGGUGGCCGUUGACAAAGACAAGAACAGUGCUUACGCUUUUCGUUGGGCAGUCAAUCAUCUCGACAAUCCUGUCAUCAUUGCUGUCCAUGUUAAACACAAAAAUUUACCUAACCAGGGCACUAAUGUUUUUCCACCCGAUGAAGAUGAUGUAUCGCAUAUUUUCAAUAAUUUACGUGCAAUGUGUCAACGCAAAGCUAUCACCAUGAAAGAAGCCGUAAUCGAUCAUCAUGAUGUUGUGAAAGGACUAUUAGAUUUCGCUAAUAGAAAUGUCAUACAUAGUAUUGUUGUUGGUGCAUCAACAAAGAAUCAUAUGCCAAGUAUAAAAAAAUUUAAAGCAAAUAAUGAUAUACCAACAAACAUGAUUAAAUUAGCACCGGAUUAUUGCUCUGUAUACAUCAUUUCAAAGUUGAAGAUUGUGUCGGCUCGGUCAGCGGUAAGAUCGAUGGGAGGAAACCAGACUAUUCCGACGAAAAUUAUACCGGUUCAAUCAUCCUCCCCAUAUGGUGGUGAAUUUGCAGGUGGAAUGAGGUCAAUACUACCUAGAACUGGUAACACUUAUGAAGGAUCUUCAGAAUCAAGGUCUUUUGAUAGUGUUACUACGGGAAAAGGAUCGACGCGUGAGAGACCAAGGAGUGCAGGAAGUAAUAUGUCAAUGGACAGUAUUGAUGUACCGAGUAGUCGUGGACGAAGUUGGGCAUCGAUGGACGAAAGAGACAUGGCAGCGCUUGGGCCGAUUGUUGAAUCAAACGGAUCUGAUAUGGAUCUAAUAGAUUCCUUUGGGACACAGGCGACUUCUCAUACCUCAAGAGAGCUUGAAGCUGAGAUGAAAAGACUGAGGCUUGAAUUGAAGCAAACUAUGGACAUGUAUAGCUCGGCUUGCAAGCAAGCAAUCUCGGCAAAAAAUCAGGCAGACCAAAUUCGUCGAUGGAGAGUAGAAGAGGAAAAAAAGGUUGUGGAAGUUAGGUUAUCUCAAGAGGCAGCUCUUGCGAUGGCAGAAAGGGAGAAGGCUAGAGCAAAAGUUGCAUUAGAAGCAGCUGAGGAAGCCAAGUGGAAGGCUGAACAAGAGGCUCAGAGAAGAAGGGAGGCAGAGAUGAAGGCGAUGAAAGAGGCAGCAGAGAGGGAUCGAGUAUUAACCGCAUUGGCUCAAAAUGAUAAUCGAUAUCGAAAAUACACAAUGCAGGAGAUUGAAGUUGCUACCGAUAGAUUCUCCCCGUCAAGAAAAAUAGGUGAAGGUGGAUAUGGACCGGUGUUUAAAGGUCACCUUGAUCACACCGCAGUUGCAAUCAAACUUUUAAAUCCCGAAGCUUCUCAAGGCCGGAAGCAAUUCCAACAAGAGGUUGAGGUACUAAGCAGUAUUCGACAUCCGAAUAUGGUUCUCCUCCUCGGUGCAUGUCCUGAGCAUGGUUGUUUGGUGUAUGAAUAUAUGGAUAACGGUAGCUUAGAAGAUAGAUUAUUUCGAAAAAACAAAAGCAAGCCUCUAUCAUGGCAAAAAAGGUUCCAAAUAGCAGCUGAGAUUUCAACUGCACUGCUUUUCCUUCACCAAACAAAGCCGGAGCCAAUCGUGCAUCGAGACCUUAAACCAUCAAACAUUCUGUUGGACAGAAAUUACGUGAGUAAAAUAAGCGAUGUCGGUCUCGCAAGAUUAGUCCCUCCUUCUGUAGCUGACAGUGUCACACAAUAUUACAUGACUUCAGCUGCUGGAACGUUUUGCUAUAUCGACCCCGAGUAUCAACAAACAGGAAUAUUAACCACAAGGUCCGACGUUUACUCGUUGGGGAUAAUGCUACUGCAGAUAAUCACAGCAAGGCCGCCCAUGGGACUUACUCACCAAGUUAAAAAAGCGAUCGAAAAGGAUUGUUUCAAGCAGAUUCUUGAUCCCGCGGUGACCGAUUGGCCAGUUGAAGAGGCUCUAUCAUUUGCUAAAAUAGCAUUAGGUUGUGCAGAACUCUGCAAGAAAGAUAGGCCAAGUCUUGCAACAGUUGUAUUACCAGAGAUUAAUCGGUUACGAGACCUUGGAGACACUGAUAAUCAAGUUUUUAUUGAUACUAAGAUUCAUGGCCAUUCGCAACGUCCUCCUAUGCCUACCUGAAAUCAAUUGUCGAAGACGGUCAAUAGGAUCAGCUAGAUUUGUAUGUUGACUUACUCAUCUUGUAGAGAAUGUUCAAAAUAUAAUUGAUGCAAUUCAGAUUAUCAAUGUAUUUUCAACCUGAGAACCAAUCUCAAUGCACAGCUUUAUAGAAAGUUUUCUUUA